CAUGGUUGGAGUCCAGGUGGAGGAAAGAGCAAGGAGCCAGUAAGGAAAACAAGAAGCUUUCAGCAGCAAGCUCUGACCACUUUAUCCUUUCCAUCUAUACACGGAAACCCCUGGAUAAUUUAUAAGCCUCUCCCCCUCGCUCAGUGUGUAGGAGAGAGAGAGCGAGAGAGAGAGAGAGGGAGGAUUUGCUGAGCUCACCACCACCAUGCUGCGUCCUGCUGCUGUCAGUGCAGCAGCUGCGGCGGCUGUGUGGCUGCUGGCAGUGCUAGGCCCAGUCCUGUCUCUUCCAGCUGAGGACAACUCAGAGGCAGACUUCAGCCUCUGUAGCCACUGCUUCUACAGACAGACACCUCCUCAGGGAGCCUCUGCAGGGCCGCUGCUGCGCCCGCUCUGCCACAGACUGCCCGGGGGACAGACGUUUGCCACUCUGUCCAAACCGACCUGUGACACAGCUGUCUACUCUGCCUUCUAUCUCAGCCAUGGAGGGGCAGAGUCAGAGGGAGAGGAGGGGGGAGAGCCUGCGGAAGUGGAUGAAAACACCCAAGCCAGAGUCCCAUCUCUGCUCAGAGGAGACGGGGAUACCCCUGACCCUGCCUCGCCCCCACUUCAACACUGGGACUCAGCAGUCACAACACUGGUCCAGUCAAGCCUCGCUCCCCACUGCAGUUCUUUAGAGGGAGAGCUCUACGUCCUGAUCGGGGCAGGAGGUCUCAGGGCUGCUGAAGAUGGGGACGAGGAGUGUCAGAGCCAGCCACUGUGGUGUGCAGUGUGCUGCGAGGUCCCUGAGGGGAAGAGUGGCUUCAGUGUUGGGUUAAUCAGAGAGACAGGGGAAGGGGAGAGGCAAGUGAGCAUGAAGGAGCUGGGGGAGAUUCUUGGAGUGUCAGAGCUGUUCUCAGAGAGCUGUGGAGGAGCAAAUGAGGAGACAGUUGGAAUCAUUGCAGGCCUUCACGGUGAGGAGCUCCCUGGAAGUAUAGAAGAAGUGGAUGCUGAUGCUUCUGAUGAAAACUCAGAAGCUGAAGCCACAGAGUCAAACACUUCAGGUCAAACCACUGAAGAAGAUGUAGAGUCAAACACUGCUGGUCAAACCACUGAAGAAGCUGAAGAGUCAAACACUGAAGCAUCUGAAGUAAGUGUCGAAUCAAACACUGUUAGUGAAGCCACUGAAGAAGAGGAGGUUACCUCAGAAACAGCCAGCCAAGACUUGAGUCAGGCCACAGAGGAGAGCAGAGAGGAACAGACUGCUGAAGAACAGGUGCCUGCUGCUGCUGCUGCUGAUGUUCAGCCAGAGGAGACUGAUGCUGCUGACGUCACUCAGGAAACUUCAGCUGAUACUGAAACCUGGGCAGGCAGAAGUGAUGAGCAGAAAGACCUCAGACAAUCAAGAAGUGACAGAUCUGAGUCCUCCGAGUCCUCAGCUGAGUAUGAAAUGGUGGAUGAAGAACAGACAGACACGAACUCGAGCAGCAUCUUCGUCUACAUCCUUUCCACUGUCAUGUACAUCAUUAAAGCUCCACUGCGCCCUGUGUUCUCCACCAUCACACAGUUACCUGGACAGGUUGCAUAUGUUCUUCAAGAGGACCUUGGAGUCUUGUCUGCCCUGCCUGGAGAUACGUACUCCUUUUUUCACCUCCUGACCUCCGAUCUCUUAUCCUGGAUCAACUCAGCUGCAGACAUGCUACUCCACAUCGGUAAUACCUGUUUCUGCAACACCUAUUACUGCACCUCCUCCAUGCUGGGGGCCCUGUUCAACAGCUGUCACACGGGGGUCACUGGCGUGGGGACUCUAGCUGGAGAUACAGUGGGGAUAUUUGGUGGUGCACUGGAUAAUGUGUGGUGGGUGACCAAGUUUUUUGGAGGGCGGUUGUGGGAGCAGAGUGAGGGGUAUGUAGGCACAGUGGUGUCAGAGAUGGGGGGUCAGGCCAAAGCUAUGGGUGGAGGGGUUGGGAGGCUGGCAUGGAGAAGUGGGAGUGGGGUGGGUAAUGCGUUUAGGAUGGGAGUGUCAUUUAUAACGGGGUCGCUGGAUAUUAUCUUUGGUGCAAUCAGAGGAGCUUUUGGAGAGGAGUCAGAGUAA